AAACACCUCCACAUCGCCCAUUUGAAAGAAGAUAAAUUGAAAUUCGUUCUGAAAUAGUUCUUUAAUUACUCCUCACCAUGUCAUACGUGAAUAAGAAGGAACGAAUCUUUAGGAAAGGCGAAAGAACGGAUAUCCCUCGAAUAAGAUCUGAAAGUCGCCUGAAGAAAUACUGGUCAGAAACAGACCGAAGAGCUUGGUGCGAUGAAGUGGAGUUAAGGAGACAGCACAUUUUAGAACUAAAUGCCAGGAACAAAGGGCAAUUCUGCUUAGAAUCUCUUAUUCCCUUGGACAUGCUUUUUGACGUAAUCAGUGGCGAAAAAGAUGACGAAAGGGACAAAUUGCAAAGUAGAAUUGACUAUUUGGAAGCCAUGUUGGAUAUAUACAGGCAAGUAAAGCUGACUGACGAACAACAAAAGAAAGCUGAUAAAAUGAACCAGGACUUAAAGAAAGAACAGAAAAAGCUAGCAGAGGCAAAACCAAAAAAAGAAGGAGACAGGGAUAAACCAAAACCCGAUGAAAAAGCGAAACGAAAAAGACCCAGUUCAGAAUACGCAGGCAAGCCGAAACCUGAAAAACCGAAACGGCGCAGUAGCGAGCCGCGACCUGCCAGAAAAUCGGAAGACAGAACCGGACCUUCGGGCGAAGAAGAAGCGAUAGCCCCCCAAAAGAAACCGCUGAAAGUACACGCAGCACCACCUCCUAAAGUGCGCGCAGCACCUCCUCCUAAAGGGAAGCCGGCUGCUGAUAAAGGCGGAGAGGAGAAGGUUAAACUGCCCACUGAUACCAAAAGCGAUCGGAAAAAACCAGAUGCAGGUGGUGUGAAAGGAGGUGAUGAACCGGAAAGAGAUGAUGUGAAGGUCAGGGGCAGAGGAAGAGGAAGAGGGAGAGGAAAAGCUCCAGGAGAAAAGGUGGCACCAGGUGAAAGUCCAGGGAAAAAAAGACCUUCUAUUUCUUUCGCCGAUGAUUCUGCAGAACCCAAAAAUGGAAAAGUAGAUGAGAAAACGCCCAGUAUUGCUAAAAAAGAUGGGAAACCAAAAGAUAAAGAUUUAAAAGCAGGAGGUCCUAAAUCGCCAAGAGGCAAAGAUAAAGGCGAUACAGAUAAACCUGUGGAUAAAACAAAGAAGGAUGAUGUUGACCAACCCAUAAAGAAAAAAGCAGCUGGACCAGGACUUGAAUCUGCCAAACCGGUAUCCAAAGCUAAACUUGAUACAGAUAAAACACCUGAUAAAACUAAGAAGACACCAACUGGUACUGAUGCUAGUAGAAAGCCAGAACCAUCUGAAAAGCCACCUAAAGAUGUUAAAGACGCUGGAAAACCUAAAACUGAUGCUGACAAAGCUAAGAAACCUCUAGAUGCUGAGAUAGGUCCUAAAUCAGAACCAUCUGAGAAACCACCUAAAGAUGUUAAAGAGACUGGAAAACCUAAAACAGAUGCUGCCAAAGCUAAAAAACCUCUAGAUUCAGAGAAAAGUCCUAAAUCAGAACCAUCUGAGGAACCACCUAAAGAUGUUAAAGACGCUGGAAAACCUAAAACUGAUGCUGCCAGAGCAAAAAAACCUCUAGAUUCAGAGAAAGGCUCUGAAUCAGAACCAUCUGAGAAACCACCUAAAGAUGUUAAAGACUCUGAAAAACCUAAAACUGAUGCUGCCAAAGCUAAAAAACCUCUAGAUUCAGAGAAACGUCCUAAAUCAGAACCAUCUGCGAAACCGCCUAAAGAUGUUAAAGACGAUGCAAAACCUAAAACUGAUGCCGACAAAGCUAAAAAGCCUCUAGAUUCAGAGAAACGUCCUAAAUCAGAACCAUCUCUGAAACCACCUAAAGAUGUUAAAGACGCUGCAAAACCCAAAACUGAUGCCGACAAAGCUAAAAAACCUGUAGAUUCAGAGAAACGUCCUAAAUCAGAACCAUCUGCGAAACCACCUAAAGAUGUUAAAGACGCUGCAAAACCUAAAACUGAUGCCGACAAAGCUAAAAAGCCUCUAGAUUCAGAGAAACGUCCUAAAUCAGAACCAUCUCUGAAAUCACCUAAAGAUGUUAAAGAUACUGCAAAACCUAAAACUGAUGCCGACAAAGCUAAAAAACCUCUAGAUUCAGGGAAAGGUCCUAAACCAGAACAAUCUGAGAAACCACCUAAAGAUGUUAAAGACGCUGCAAAACCUAAAACUGAUGCCGAGAAAGCUAAAAAACUUCUAGAUUCAGAGAAAGGUCCUAAAUCAGAACCAUCUGAGAAACCACCUAAAGAUGUUAAAGACGCUGCAAAACCUAAAACUGAUGCCGACAAAGCUAAAAAACCUCUAGAUUCAGAGAAAGGUCCUAAAUCAGAACCACCUGAGAAACCACCUAAAGAUGUUAAAGACGCUGGAAAACUUAAAACUGAUGCUGAUAAAGCUAAAAAACCUCUAGAUUCAGAGAAAGGCCCUAAAUCAGAACCAUCUGAGAAACCAACUAAAGAUGUUAAAGACGCUGGAAAACCUAAAACUGAUGCUGACAAAGCUAAAAAACCUCUAGAUUCAGAGAAAGCUCCUAAAUCAGGUAAGGAUAAACUAGAAGAGUCGCCUAUUGCAAAAAAAGCUAAGACCAAAGGGCCCACCGAAGCAAAACCUAAAAAACCCGAAGAAUGCUCGGACGAAGAAUGUAUGUCUAAUAAAAGUAAAGCAGCAUCUACAACUAGUACUAAAAGUGGAAAAGAAGAACCAUCUGGGAAACAACCUAAAGAUGCUAAAGCCGCUGGAAAACCUAAAACAGAUGGUGAUAAAGCUAAGAAACCUCUAGUUUCUGAGAAAGGUCCUAAAUCAGAACCAUCUGAAAAACUACCUAAAGAUGUUAAAGAUGCUGGAAAACCUAAAACAGAUGCUGAUAAAGCUAGGAAACCUCUAGAGUCUGAGAAAGGUCCUAAAUCAGAACCAUCUGAGAAACCAUCUAGAGAUAUUAAAGACAUUGGAAAGCCUAAAACAGAUGCUGAUAAAGCUAAGAAACCUCUAGAUGCUGAGAAAAGUUCUAAAUCAGAACCAUCUGAGAAAGCACCUAAAGAUGUUAAAGCUGCUGAAAAACCUAAAACAGAUGCUGAUAAAGCUAAGAAACCUCUAGAUUCUGAGAAAGUUUCUAAAUCAGAACCAUCUGAAAAACCACCUAAAGAUGUUAAAGACGCUGGAAAACCUAAAACUGAUGCUGAUAUAGCUAAGAAACCUCUAGAUUCUGAGAAAGGUCCUAAAUCAGAACCAUCUGAGAAACCAUCUAAAGUUAUUAAAGAUGCUGAAAAACCUAAAACUGAAGCUGACAAAGCUAAGAAACCUCUUGAUUCUGAGAAAGGUCCUAAAUCAGAACCAUCUGAGAAACCAUCUAAAGUUAUUAAAGAUGCUGAAAAACCUAAAACUGAUGCUGACAAAGCUAAGAAACCUCUAGAUUCUGAGAAAGGUCCUAAAUCAGAACCACUUGAGAAACCACCUAAAGAUGUUAGAGAGGCUGGAAAACCCAAAGCUGAUACUGACAGAGCUAAGAAACCUCUAGAUUCUGAGAAAGAACCAUUAGAGAAACUACCUAAAGAUGUUAAAGAUGCUGGAAAAUCUAAAACAGAUGCUGACAAAGCUAAGAAACCUCUAGAUUCUGACAAAGGUCCUAAAUCAGAACCAUCUGGGAAACCACCUAAAGAUGUUAAAGAGACUGGAAAACCUAAAACCGAUGCUGACAGAGCUAAAAAACCUCUAGAUUCUGAGAAAGAACCAUUGGAGAAACUACCUAAAGAUGUUAAAGAUGCUGGAAAACCUAAAACAGAUGCUGAUAAAGUUAAGAAACCUUUAGAUUCUGAGAAAGGCCCUAAAUCAGAACUAUUUGAGAAACCAUCUAAAGAUGCUAAAGACGCUGGAAGACCUAAAACAGAUGCUGAUAAAGCUGAGAAACCUCUAGAUUCUGACAAAGGUUCUAAACCAGCUCUUGAUAAACCUGAAAAGCAAGCAAAACCAAAAGUUGAUGCUGAUAAAUCACCAAAACCAGCCACAGAAGAUGCAAGAGAACCAAAGAAAACUAAAACGAAAGAUGAUUUGCGACCCGAACCUACAGAAAGUAAAAUUGCUGCAGAUACUGCCAAAACCCAAAAACCUGAGGAUGGUGAGAAAGCGCUUAAACCAAUUCCUAGUGAGGAUGUAUCUGCCAAACAAGCAAAACCGAAAGAUGCAGAAAAGGAAGACGCUGAUAAGAGCAAGAAACCCAUAUCAGAUCGUCCUGUCAUGGAUAGUAAACCAGGAGUUCCUAGUGAGGAUGUAUCUGCCAAACAAGCAAAACCGAAAGAUGCAGCAAAGGAAGACGCUGAUAAGAGCAAGAAACCCAUAUCAGAUCGUCCUGUCGUGGAUAGUAAACCAGGAGAUAGUGAAGGCACAAAACCUAUAAAAGAUGCGAAACCAUCAGCAGAUGGUAUAAAAAUGGGACCAAAAGAUAGUAAGCCCGACGAAAUGCAAAAAGGUGCUGAUAAAUUGAAACCAGCUGCAAAGCCAUCUAAACCAGCAGAUGAAAAAGAUGCUAAGGGAGUACCGAAGGGAGUACCAUCAAAGGACGGUACGGCAAAAAGUGAAACAGCGAUCAAAGAUCGAGCAGAUUUACCUGACGACGCCAAAAAACCGAAAGAUGAUGGAAAAGGUGUAAAAGGUAAAGAUGCUGAUGGCGCUUUUCAACCAACUGAAGUUCGGGGUAGGGGUAGAUUAAAAGCUCCACAAAAAGAACCCGGAAUAACUCCUGGAUUAGAUGUGAAAGGAAGUAAACCUGAACCGCAAGAGAAGAAACCAGAAAAAGCAGCACCUGGAAAAUCCGACCCUGCUUUAUCAAAAAGCAAAGAUGCAGUUGCAGCAGAGGAAUCCACAAAGUCCAUAGUAGAACCCGAUGAAGAGGAAUUGAAGAAGAGAAAAGCUCCCCCCAAGCCAGGAGAAGUUAGAGGACGAGGAAGAGUUAAAUCCCAGCAAUCUGAAACUGGCCCAGUUGGUGUUGGAGACAAGGAUAAACCCGUGGCAGAGAAAAUUGAAAAACCAAAGAAGGAAAUACCUGAAAAAUUAGAUAAAAUAACUGAUGAUGCCAAAAAAGAAGCGGAAAAGGUUGAACCAAAAUCGCCGCCGAAAGAAAAAGCAAAAGGUGAUAAAGAGCCAGAACCCGAGUCUAAGAUGGUACCUGGUAUACCCCAAAAAGAACCUGCCAAAGGCAAAGCUAAGGAACCAGCUGAACUUACUGAUAAAGCAGAUACAGGUCCAGAUAUAGACAAACAAAAAUCAGAUAUAAAAUAUCCACAAGAGGCAGCCAAAAAGGCAUCAAAAAUACCGGAAGAAGGCGCAAAAAAAGAUAGACCUGAAGGUAAAAGUAAAACAGAAAUACCAGAGGAAGCACUAGGCAAACCUAAAGCCAAACCUUUGCUUAGCGCUGAGGACAAAACUAGAAAAGAACCUGCAAUAUCAGAUUCAAAAACAGAACCAUAUGAUACAGAAGCUAAAAAGACAAAAGAACCGAGUAAACAAGAUUUAGAACCCAAAGAGGAAAUGGGAAAGCAAGUAUCAUUUAAAGAUGUAAGGGAUGAGGAUAAAGGUUUACCCGAAGUACCAGGUAAAGAAAAACCUUUGGUGAGCGCUAGGGAUAAACCUAAAAAAGAACCUGAAAUCUCAGCUUCAAAAACAGAACCGUACGAUACAAAACCUAAGAUAACCAAAGAGCCGACUAAGGAAGAUUUAGGAGAGAAAAUAUCAGGUAUAUUUGACACCAAACCAAAGAAAGCAAAAGAACCAACUAAAGAAGAUUUAAGACCAACGCCGAAGGUGUCUGAGAAAGAAAUAGAAUAUAAAAAACCCGAAGAAAAAAUUGAAAAGCCGUUAUCAACUAAAGAUAUAAGAGAGCCACAACAAGUCAAGGGAGAACCAUUGCAGCCAGAAAGGCAGCGAAGACUAACUGCCCAAGAACUUUGCGAAAUGGAGAAAAUAUGCAAAACUCCUCGAACGUCCCUUGCUGAAAAAAGAGAGCCACAACAAGCAAAAGAACCAACUAAAGAAGAUUUAGGAGAGAAAACAUCAAGUAUAUUUGACACAAAACCAAAGAAAGCAAAAGAACCAACUAAAGAAGAUUUAAGACUACCGCCGAAGGCAUCUGAGAAAGAAAUGGAAUAUAAAAAACCCGAAGAAAAAAUUGAAAAGCCGUUAUCAACUAAAGAUAUAAGAGAGCCACAACAAGUUAAGGGGGAACCAUUGCAGCCAGAAAGGCAGCGAAGACUAACUGCCCAAGAACUUUGCGAAAUGGAGAAAAUAUGCAAAACUCCUCGAACGUCGCUUGCUGAGAAAAGAGAGCCACGACAAGCAAAAGAACCAACUAAAGAAGAUUUAAGACCAACGCCGAAGGCGUCUGAGAAAGAAAUGGAAUAUAAAAAACCCGAGGAAAAAAUUGUAUCCACUAAAGAUAUAAGAGAACCACAACAAGUCAAGGGAGAACCAUUGCAGCCAGAAAGGCAGAGAAGACUAACUGCCCAAGAACUUUGCGAAAUGGAGAAAAUAUGCAAAACUCCCCGAUCGUCGAUUGCUGAGAAAAGAGUAACUAAGGAAAUGGAUAAGGCUCCGAUUAAAAUGGAUUUCGAUAAGCUAGAUGAAUCCCAAGAUGAAGAUACGUUUAGAACAGCAGAAGAAAGUCCAAAAGAACCGGUAAAAGAGAAACUAUCGGAAACAAAAAUACAAAAAGAAAAGGCGUUAGCUGAACCAGAAAGUAGGCCUAAAUUGGAUGCUAAAGAAGAAAAACCGACUGGUCCAUCCGCGUUAGAAGCUAGGCCAAAAAUAGAAGCUAAAGAUGAUAGAAAAGCAGAACCUAUUGGUCCAUCCGAGUUAGAAGCUAAACCAAAAAUAGAAACUAUAGAAGAAAGGAAAGUAGAGCCGAUUGGUCCAUCCGUGUCAGAAACUAGGCCGAAAAUAGAUGCCGAAGAAAGGAAAGAAGAACCUAUUGGUCCAUCCGCGAUAGAAGCUAAACCAAAAGUAUAUGCUAAAGAAGAAAGAAAAGAAGAACCUAUUGGUCCAUCCGCGUUAGAGGCUAGGCCAAAAAUGGACGUUAAAGAAGAAAGGAAAGAAGAAAUUCCAUCAGCGAUAGAAACUAAAGCAGAAAUUAGUCGUCCAUCCGCUUUAGAAGAUAGGCCAAAAAUUGAAGAAGUUAAAGAAGAUGUGAUUGAACCAUCCGCCUUAGAAGAGAGAAUAUAUAUACCCACUAAAGUAGAAAGAAAAGAAGAAAUAGUCGGUCCAUCGGCGUUAGAAGGUAGGCCAGAUAUACCCGCUAAAAAAGAAGAAAUGAUUCGUCCAUCCGCUUUAGAAGCUAGGGAAAAACUAGAUAUUAAAGAAGAGAGGCCAUAUAUACCUAUUAAAGAAGAAGGAGGAGAAGAAAUACCUGGUCCAUUCGCGCUAGAAGGUAGACCGGAUAUACCCACUAAAGAAAAAAUUAAAGAAGAAAUGAUUCAUCCAUCCGCGUUAGAAGAUAGGCCAUAUAAACCUACUAAAGAAGAAAUAGGGGAAGAAAUAACUGGUCCACCCGCGUUAGAAGGUAGGCCGGAAAUACCUCCUAAAGAGAAAAGUAAAGAAGAGAUGAUUGGUCCGUCCGUUUUAGAGGAGAAGCCAUAUAUACCGAGUAGAGAAGAAAGGAUUGGUGUCCCGACAAUCGGUCCCUUUUUUGGAAAAGAUUGUAGAGCUCAUUGUUCUAUGAAAAAACUAAGUGAAAUUAAAGGAUUACCAAAAGAAAUCCAGGAAACACCUGAAGAAGGUAUACCAAUAGUUCCAAGCAAAUUAUCAAAGGCUGAUUCUAGAGAAAAGCCAUCUCUUAGUUUCAUUUUAUCAAAGGAAGAACCUUCCGAGAUCAAAAAAGGUGCGCGUGUGUGUAAAAAGCCAUGUAAAAACGCUUUAGAACGGCCAGUCACUGUUUUUGGGGAGGAAACCGGUGGAGUUGUAGUAAAAGCCGAAUCAGAUACUCUAGGAGAAUCUAUUCCUACUGGCUACUACUUACCUGAAGAUGUCAGUCCCAGACAAGCCAUGCCAGAAUGGACUGAAAUAGAAGAGCUACCUGCCGAUAUUGACGACAAAGAUCUAUCGCUAUCGGAAGCUGGUUUAACUACUUCCGAGACCGACAAGGCAAUAUGGCUAGUUCCUAAGUCGGAGGAAAAGAUAUUCGAACAUCCUGAAGAGGCUCCAAAAUUAGAAACCGAAACCGAAAGUUUGCAUACUGAAUUAACUACAGCUCCUGAGAUGAGCAGAGUUAUGUCGAAGGUAUUGUCUGGACAAAUAAGCCAGUUACCUCCUAGAGACUAUAUGCCUCUUGAGAAAAAGACUCCAAAGAAUCUGUCGGAAGCAUUAUAUAAACAAAAGUGCAGGGCGCGAUGUAUGCAAAUAAAACUUAGCACAACAUGCGAAGAGAGUCAUACAGAAACCGUUGAAGAUGUAAGUGAUCUUGAAAUGGACUCUGUAUUAUCUGAUGAAGUCACUGACGAAAUUAAUAUUGAGAAAGAUAAAAUUCCAGAAGAAUCAAAUACUCCGUUUGAAGAUAGUUUGCCGUCUAACGUACCAGAGCAACAACCAUUAUAUGAAGAACCUAGGUCUCGACAAAUUGAACCAGAACAACUUCAACGAGAAUUGCAUAAACCUAUGGAAGAUGUUUUGCAAGCGAAAAUUUCAAAACAAUCAAGAAUAUGUAAAGCACCAUGUGCUAAGCGGGCCCGAAAAAUGCAGAGUGAUCAAGAACAACUUACAGAAGAAUCAACUACGCAAUAUGAAGAUACUUUACCACCAAAUAUGUUACAGCAACAAAUUUCGAGUGCAGCUCCAACACCACACAUGGAGAAUAUUGAAGUAGCAGAAGAACAAGAAGAAGUACCAACUUCGCAAUAUAAAGAGAGUUUACCUGCAAACAUUAUGCAACGACAAAUAUGUAGAGCACCUUGUAGAACUCAGAGGGCGCUGCCUUCUGAACUAAUUACUGAACCACCAGAUACAACAUCAAAGAAGAGCUUACCGAAACCUAUUUCAGAUCAUCAACCAACUUGUAAAGCAACGCGUGUUAAAUAUUUCAAAGAUCUUGACAAAAUCGAUGAUAUAGAAGAAAUUAUCGCUACUCACGAAUCUGUCGAAAAAUAUGUUACUUUCGAUAAUGAAAUAUCUGAAUUUCCAUCUGAAUUUGAGGAAAACGCCUCAGAAGACCAAAAUAUUAUAGACGAAAUAGACUUAGUUGCUGAAACAAAAAUAAAGGAAGAGGAUGACCAUAUCCAAGAUGGAAUACAUGAAACAUUUGAAGAUGCCGAAGAUGAAUCAUUGAGAGACCAAAAAGCUGAUUUGGAUAUUCAUAAAGAGUCGAUACAAGAAGAUACAGCUAAGGAAGAAGAACAAAAACAAAUAGACGACAUACCUGUCAAGGAAGCUAUAAACACAGAAGAAGAAAAAGAACUUGACGAUGCGAAUAUUGAUAUACAAACUACUGACGUGGUGUUAGAUGAUGAAUAUGCUGACGCGUCCCCUCAAAUUAAUGAAAUGCUGCCAGAAGAGGUGAUAUCGGAAGUGCACAUCUUGGAACCGAUUCCCGAAGAUGAAAAUGAAGAUAAAUUGGCUGCCGAAAGUGUUAUAGUUGAGGAAAUUAGUAAAAAGGAAAGUGACAAAGAAUUUGUAGCACCCACCGUAGAAGAUCAGUUUGAUAAAAAAGAAAGCGAGAAAGAAAUUGACGAAGAAAUUGUCAGACCUACCGAAAGCUUUAUAGAGGAUCAGAUUGAUCAAAAACAAAGCGAAAAAGAUGUUGUCGAGCCCACAAAAGAUUUAAUAGAAGCUCAGAUUGACGAAAAAGAAAGUGAUAAAGGAGUUGUUCAACCUACCGAAAUUUUAGUAGAAGAUGAAGUUGACCAAAGAGAAUCUGGUAAAGAAACUCUUCCAAUUGUCGAAAAUUUUGUUGAAGAUCAAAUUGAGCAAAAAGAAAGUGACAAAGAAAUUGUUCAACGUACCGAAAUUUUAGUAGAAGAUCAAAUUGACCAAAAAGAAACGCUUCCACCUACUGAAACUUUACUAGAGGAUCAAAAUGGUCAAAAAGAAAGUGUCAAAGAAAUUGUCGAACCUGACGGAAGUCACUCCGAAGAAGAAUUUGUAGAAGUUGAAGAUAUUCCUCCACACCCAGAACAUAUACUUGAACAAUCCGAUGAAGAAAAUAUACCAUUAACUGAAGACUAUACUCCUUUAGAAGAUGAAGCUGAAAUUAUUGAAACUGGAGAGCAAACAGAUGUACUACCAGUAAUUGCCAUAGGUAGUCAAACGUUACCCGUCUAUGUAAGUACUCUAGAGCCAAUAGUCGAAGAAAGUGAAGUAGAAAAAUACGAGGAUGCUAGUAGCGAUCUAUCUCCGCGUUAUGAUGUUAAACCGGUCCCUACAAAGGACGUAUCCACAGUUUGUACUGAGAAACAAGUAGUGUAUACAAGAGAACCACCAGUAAGAUAUGUUGAAACCAAUUAUGACAGGGCAAUUGAGAAAUCCAGACCGACCCCACAACCAGCCAGAGAAUCUUCAGUUCCCCGAUUUGCCAGCUGGUUCCUGCCUGUAUCAAGAACCGAAACAAAGGCAAAGGUAUGUCCCGCCCCAUGCAAAACAAAAGACAAAUCGGUUGGCGUUGUACCAACCUUAGAACAAUCCGCUACUUCUCCUGAAUAUAAUGAAAAUCUGGACAAUAGAUUUAUCCAAACUGAAUUCGGUGUAGUUUGCGAUAAGCAAACAGAAUCUGAGAUAAUUGACGAAUGUUCCCGCUCAUGUCAAGUAUUAGCAGAACAAGAAAUCAUUGUAAUAAAAGCGCCAGUAGAGAAGAAACAUACAAUUUGUAGGGAUGACCAGCCGACGUGUUCUAAAUACCUAACUAAAGAAGCUAAGGAACUGGAUAACAAAAAUCAAACCAAAUGUAUUUGUCGGGCUAUUGAGAGUUUGAAACUGGUUGAAGAAAGCUUGACCCAGUUAGCUACACAACCUGUCCCGACAUGUCGUGCCAAUAGAAAUGCUGUGGUCAGUAUGGAGCGAGAAAAUGCUGAUUUGAGAGCUCAACUAGCGGCAAAAGACGCUUAUUGCGCCGAACAAAGAAAAAUUGCAUCGGCUGCUCUAGAGCAACUGGAAAACAUAAAAAAUAUCGUGGAGGAACGUGACAACCUUCGAAAAAAACUCGAAAAUUCACAACAUGAACUCGCCCAACUCAAGAAAAAUCUAGAAGCCAAUGUAUCGGGUUUUGGAGAUGCUGAUAAGGUGGAACAGAAAGAAGCCCCACCACCCAUCAAACCUUUGCGCACCUUAGUCAGUCCAUUUCAACAAGAUGAUGAAAUCGCACAACUCGAAGAGGAAGUUAAGGAAAUGCGAUCGACAAAUCUAACCCCCGACCAAGAAACGAAAGUGAUCAGAAAAGAAGUGGAAAUGCUUAAAAGGUACUGCUCCAGGCUCUCGUCCAUACAAGAAGAGAACGCCCAGCUGAAACAGCAAAACGCCGAGUUGCAAAAACGCUGUUUGGGUUCGGAGGAGAAACUUCGAACCCUCGGCUGCAACCAAACCAAAAACUUCGAAGAACUAAAGAAUAAAUUGCAAGUCCUGGACGAAACAGUAGCCGAAAGAAACGCUUUGCAGGACAGAGUGGAAUAUUUAGAAAAAGAACUGAGCGCUUACGAAGACCUACCGGAGGACAUUGAGAUAUUUAAGAGGAGGUCUUUGUUACUGGACGACGUUCUCAAAGAUCGAGAUCGCCUGGCCAAACGCGUUGAACAAAUGAGAGGAGUGGAUGAUAGCGUGAUGUGCAACAAACUAAAAGCGGAAAGAGCGGAUGAACUGGAAAGGCAAUUGAGAUUGGCCCACAAGGAUCUGCAAGCCUGCGAAGACGAGCUGGACACUAUGAGGAAUAAGUGCACGAUGGCGGAGAUCGAGCUGCUCAACGGGAAGACGGAAACGGACACGCUCAAGUCGAAAAUUGUUUGUAUGGAGCACGAGAUGGAGAGCUUGAAGUCGAUGUGCAAAGAGCAGGAGCAAACGCAUAUAGAAAAAGAAAGAUUACAAUCUAGCUUAGACGAACUAAUACGAAUGCAAGACGAUUACGACCACAUAUGUCUACAAAUGAAAGGCAUGGACGUGGUGAAAGCGGAAAGAGAUAGAUACAAGAGGAAAUACGAAGAGCUGCUGGAAGUGGAGUGCGAAUGCCAAGCCCUUAGAGAAGCUUUAGAAAAAGCCAAGGCCAUUGAAGAAGAGCGAGAUGCAUUGUCGGAACAGAACGAAGUUCUCGACAAAUGCAUUACGGAGCAAGAAGAAGAAAUUAAACGACUCGUUUGUCACAUCGACUGUUUGGCUGAAGGCAAAGAAAAACAAAGCGUAAAAAUGAAAGCGGUGGUCUCAAAUCUCAAACAGGAAUUAGAAAAGAAAGAAAGUCUGCUGGCCCUGUCCGAAGAGAAAAUGGAAACUAUAAAAAUCAAAGUGGACGAGUCCCUCAGUAACCUAACCGAAGAAACUAAAAUUCUAAGAGAUAAAAACAAAGCCCUAGAAAAAGAAUUAAAUAAUCUAAGUGCUAAAAAUGGAAAACUCGAAGAGAAACUUCGAACAAUGUCCGAGAGAAAUGAUUCUUUAGUCAAAGAAUUAAAAAGUAGGGAAAGAGUUAUCGCUACCAUGGAAGAGGUCCUCAAUGACAGAGAAUCAGUUCAGGACACGAACAAAUCCCAACAAAACAUGAAGGAAAUUACUAAGUUACAAGACGAACUAGCUAAUGCCCACCUUGAAAACCAAAGACUCCAACAACUGGCGGCCAAGAGCGAGGACGCCACGGGACUAGCGAACAACCAACUGAAAUUAAUGUUAGAGCAAUCGAGAUCGGCGGUGGAAAGAAUCGCUCAGGAAUUAGAACAGCAGUACACUGACUGGGAUUGUCGGAUACCUUACAGGUGCUGUCCCGGAUGUAACUGUAAAAAGAAAAAGCAAACGCCAGAACCGAGAGUGAUAAUAAGGUGUUGCGCCGGUUGCAACUGUAAAAAUAAAACUAAAAAACCCCAACAAACUCCCGAUUACGGACAAACAGAACCAUCAAGCAGCAAAAAGGAGGCUCCACUCAAAAACAAAUGCAUCUGUAAUAAAAAGAAAGCUUCCACUAGUCCACAGAGAGAGUGCAUAAGUCCAUCGACUUGUCCGGCAAUGGCCAAAAGCAUGAAACUCCUUCUAGAACCAAACGAUGAACCGGACGAAGACCAAAUGUACACUGCUCGAUCUGUCGAAGAAGGUAAAACCAAAAUUGCCGAGUUGGAAGAGGAACUGAACAAAGCAAACGAUGUAAUUCUUCAGCUACAAAACAAGCUGGCAGCGGCGGAAAAGUUAUCGGCUGAAAACGACGCUCUCAAAAGACACUCGACCGAAGUUCAAGACGUGGCCAAAGACCAAAUCGAAGAACUGGCCAAGCUUUUGAAAAAAGCCCAAGAGAGAGUUACCGCUCUUGAAACGAGAAAUUGUGCUUUAAAAUUCAAGCUCGCUAAGUGCAGAAAGUCGGAGGCUUCUGCAGAACUUGUAGAAGACAUUGGUUUAGAAGAAGCUCCAGAAAGAAGUAUUCUUAGUUGCUUGCAAACAGAUCUAGAAAAGUGUCUGAAGGAGAAAGAAACUUUACUAAGUCUCGUGGAGAAUCUUAAGAAACAGUUAGCAGCAACUCAGGAAGGAAGUGACCUACCGGACUUGGCCGCAUUCGCUAGUCUAGAAUCAGACCUAGAACAAUGUCUUAAAGAAAAAGAAAGGUUCAUAGCGGAGAUCGAGACUUUAAAGAAAAUGCUAAAAGAAACAUCCACGUCGGGAGAUGAAGAUUUGUUCGCAAAUAUUAAAGCAGAUUUGGAGACUAGCUUACGUGAAAAAGAAUCAUUGCUAAAGACCAUAAAACAGUUACAAGAACAACUGGCAGGUGAAACUACCGAAAAAUUACCGGAUAUGGGUGAAUUUACAGAGCUAAAACUUCAACUAGGUACGGUAAAAGGUAAACUCGAAGAAUGCUUAGCUGAAAAGGAAAAUCUAUUAAAAACAAUAGAUGAUUUAAAAAAGAAGCUCGCGGCAGCUGCUAUCCCUGUAGAUACAGAUAUGGAUAAAUAUCUGGAUAAAGAUAUGGAUAAAGAUUUGAAAAAGGAUUUCGAAAAAUUGAAAAGUCACUUAGAACAUUGUGUUAGAGAGAAAGACGAAUGUUUAGCUGAUAAAGAGAAUCUACUAAAAAUGAUAGAUGAAUUAAAAAAGAAGCUCUCAGAUUCUGAAAAAUUACCCGGUAUGAAUCAAUUUGCUGAACUAAAAAAAGAAUUGGAGAAUUGUUUAUGCGAAAAAGAAUUAUUGCUGAAAACCAUAAAACAGUUGCAAGAAAAUCUAGCAGGAGAAACAACUGAAAAAUUACCAGAUUUGGGUGAAUUUGCAGAGCUAAAAAGUCAAUUAUUGACGAUAAAUAACAAACUGAAAGAAUGUUUAGCCGAAAAAGAGAAUCUAUUAAAAAUAAUAGAUGAUUUAAAAAUUGACACAGGUAAAAAGAAGCUCUCAUGUGCUGACAAAUUACCCGGUUUGACUCAACUUGCAGAGCUGAAAAAAGAACUGGAUAAUUGUUUACGUGAAAAAGAAUUAUUGCUGAAUACCAUAAAACAGUUGCAAGAAAAACUAGCAGGAGAAACUACUGAAAAAUUACCAGAUAUGGGUGAAUUUGCAGAGCUAAAAAAUCAAUUAGAGACUACCAAAAACAAACACAAAGAAUGUUUAGCUGAAAAAGAGAAUCUACUUAAAAUAAUAGAUGAAUUAAAAAUGAAGCUCUCAGAUGCUGAUAAAUUAUCUGACUCUAUAGAACUAAAGAAGGGUUUGGAGAAUAGUUUACGCGAAAAAGAAUUAUUGCUUAAGACCAUACAACAGUUGCAAGAAAAGCUAGCAGGAGAAAUUACUGAAAAAUUACCAGAUAUGGCUGAAUUCGCCAAGCUAAACAAUCAAUUAGAGAUGGUAAAUAACAAACUCAAAGAAUGUUCAGCUGAAAAGGAGAAUCUAUUUAAAAUAAUAGAUGAUUUAAAAAUGAAGCUCUCAGAUGCUGAUAAAUCACCUGAUAUGGCUCAAUUUACAGAGCUAAAAAUCGAAUUGGAGAAUUGUUUACAUGAAAAGGAAUUAUUGCUGAAGACCAUAAAACAGUUGCAAGAAAAACUAGCAGGAGAAAGUACUGAAAAAUUGCCAGAUAUGGGUGAAUUUACAGAACUAAAAAAUCAAUUAGAGACGAUAAAAAGCAAACUCGAAGAAUGUUUAGCUGAAAAGGAGAAUCAAUCAAAAUUAAUAGAUGAAUUAAAACAGAAGCUCUCUGCAAAAGAAGCUGUUGUCCCUGUAAAAUUACCCGAUACGGGUGAAUCUGCAGAACUAAAAAAUCAACUAGAGAAGAUAAAAAACAAGCUCGAAGAAUGUUUAGCUGAAAAGGAGAAUCUAUUAAACAUAAUAGAUGAAUUAAAAAAGAAGCUCUCGGCAGCUGCUAUUCCUGCAGAUACAAUUAUGGAUAAACAUAUAGAUAAAGAUUUAGAUAAAGAGUUGAGAAAAGAUUUCGAAAAUUUAAAAAGUCAGUUAGAAAACUGCCUUAGAGAGAAAGACGCCCUUUUAAAAACAGUCGGUGAUUUAAAUUCCGAAAUACGCAAACUCAAAAAAGAAAAUGAAGACUUAGAUAAAAUGUUAACAAGUAAUGUUAAGACGAGCACUAGCAGAAGCUCCAAAUUAGAAAUAGAAUUAGAAAAUGAACAAAACAAAACGAGAAGACUUAGCUAUGAUAGUCAAAAGCAAAGUCAAUUAAAUAAAGAAUUGGAAGAGAAAAAUAGCAGUCUUCUUAAACAGAUUGCGGACCUAAAAAACGAAAAUAGUCGUCUAAAAGACGAAUUAGCUAGAUGUAAAGAGGAAAAUAUGAAACUACACGACGAAAUACGCGAUUUAAAGAAACAGAUUCCCGAUAGCUCAACUUUAAAUGCACUAAAAAAUGAAAGAGACAAUCUCUUAAAACAACUGGAAACUAAAGAAGAGGCCUUAGAAAGAAUUAAAGCCCCCGUUGUAUCCAGUGCCGUAGCCGAAAAGGACUCCAAGGAGAAAGAAGCACUACAGUCCACCAUCAACGACUUAGAAAGUCAAUUAAAACGUAUGGCAGAAGAAAAGUCACGGUUUGAAGCACCGAAACCGUCCGACGAUUAUAAAUCGAAAAUCGAGGAACUCACAAAACGAUUGGAAAAAGCCCAAAAGCGGGCGGAUUUGGCAGAGGAAGGGUUAAUAAAAUUGAAAGCCAGCGACCCAACAGCUAUGAUGAACGCCGAAAUUCAAAAACUACACAACAAAAUCGAGCAGCUCGAAAAGGAAAUCCAGAAUCUCGAAGCAGCUUUAGCGCAAGCCAAAGCCGAAAACGAUAACUUGAAGAAAUCCCUAGAGGACGCACGAAACGAAACCAAAAAAAUGAAGGAGGACAACGACUUGUUGCGAAACAAUCUCGAGCUCAGCAAGAACGAGAAAGAUAAACUAAAUAAAGAAUUGCAGGAGAUGAAAAAUGAAGCAUCAGGUGACUCCAGCUUGAGGGACGAGAAUGACCGGUUAAAAAAGAAAAUAGCAAUGUUAGAAGGCGACAUCUCUAACCUACAAAAGGAAUUAGACCGGGCUAAUAACGAGGCCAAGAAGCUUAAUCAAAUUUUAGACGAGAACAGAGACCUAAAAAAGAGUCUCGCCCAACUCGAAGGCGAAAACGCCAAACUGAAAAAGAAUCUCGAAACGGCCCAACUGGAGCAUGAAAAAUCCACCCAUAAGUUAGGCGAAUUCGAAAGGGUUACCGACAAAUUUAAACAAGUCAACAAAGAACUCGAGAACGAGAUAAAUCUAUUGAAAAAAGAAUUGGACAACGCUUUAAACGAUUCAAAGAAAAGCGUCGGUAAUAUUUCGGAUCUAGAGAAAGAAAUCGCCGAGCUAAAGCAUAAAAUUGCCCAAUUGGAAAGUACCAAUUCAAAAUUGGAAGGCGACAACGCCAAAGUAAAGAAGGAACUUGAACAGGCCAAAGGAGGGUCGAAAGCCGUCACUGAACUACAAGACGAAAACGCGAAAUUGAAGCAACAAAACGCGCAAACGCAAACAGAACUUGAUAGACUACGUAGCGAGCUCGAAAAGGCACUAGCCGACGCGAAAGCGAAACGAGACAAGGCCAAAGAAAUCGAAGGCGACCUGGAAAAGCUCAAAAAGCAAGUCCAGUCUCUGGAGAACGAAAAGGGCGACUUGGCAGGUAAACUGAAAACAGCACAGGACGAUUCGAAGAUGAGCGACCUUCAAGACGCUUAUAACAAAUUAAAGUUAAAACUUGCCGAAAUAGAAAAUGAAAAUUCGAAAUUAAACAAGGACUGUCAGAGGGCUAUGGACGAAUCUAAUAAACUAAAGGACGAAGUAAGUCAGUUGAAAGAGAACGAAAAGAAGCUGAAGGACAAAAUGGCCCAAAGCGAAAGUGAAAAUAGCAGCCUAAAAAAGAACUUGAAUUCGGCUUUAGAUGAGUUGAAAAUAAUGAAAACGGAAGUGGGAGGUGCGCAAGGCGAAGAGGCUAAACUAAAGCAAAACGUCGGAUUCCUUGAAACCGAAAACGGUAAGCUUAAGAAAGAAUUAGCGAACGCUUUAGAAAACGCUAACAAGGCUACCACCGAAUCGUCCGCACUGAAAGAAGAAAACGCGAAACUUAAACAACGCGUCGCUCAGCUGGAAUCCGAAAACGCCAAACUGAAAUCCGAUUUAGAUUCCGCCCUUAAUCAACUGAAGAAGGCUAAAGAAUCUGUUAAAGAACUUACAGACGAUAACAACAAAUACAAACAAAGAAUAGGUGAUGCCGAAAAAGAACUAAAAAAUGCUCAAGUAAAACUUGAUUUGCUCGAAAAAGAACCGAAAGGUCCGUCUGAAGCUGAUAAACUAGGUAAACAGCAAGUUAUCGAUGAACUGAGUAAACUGAAAAAGGAACUCGAAGCGUCUAGAGCUCAAGCCAGUAACAACGGGAAAGAACUCUCCCAGUGCAAAGACGAAAAUAACCGAUUAAAACAAAACAUUAAAAACCUAGAAAACGAAAAUGCCAGACUGAAAAAAGAGCUAGAAGAUGCUUUAAAUAAUGCCAAAAAUGCCGAAAAACAACUGGCUCAGUUACGAGACAACGAAAGCAAACUGAAAGACAAACUAGCAAAGCAAGAAGCAGAGCUAAACAAACUGAAGAAGGAAAAAGACGAUCUUGCAGAGCUACUUAAAAAAGCUGACGCGACUGCCGCCGAACUGGCUAGACUUAAGGACAGCGAGAACAAUCUAAAACAAAGAAUAGCUAAACUGGAAGCAGAAAAUGCUAGAGUGAAACUCGAACUGGACAACGCCGAAGGCGACAUCAAGAAAUUGGAAUCUGAACUGGCCACUGUAAAAAGCGAAGAUGCUAAACUUAAACAGGAAUUGGCCAAAGCGGAAGGCGAGAGCAGAAGAUCUAAAAGGAACGUAGAAGACGCUCUCGCUGAAGCUAAGAAAGGAACAAUGGGAUUAGACGAUUUAAAGGAAGUAGAAGACAAACUCAAGCAACGCGUCGCUCAAUUAGAAGCGGAAAAUAAAAAGCUAAAGGCCGAUCUCGAUGGCGCGUUAAACAGAGCGAAGAAAGCUACAGACGACGUGUCCAAAAUUCAAGAGGACGACGGCAAAUUGAAGCAAAGACUGGCCCAGUUGGAAAUGGACAACGUAAAAGUGAAGAAAGAUUUAGAUCGAGCACUAGCUGAGGCUAAAUCGCGCGUAGGAGCUACCGAUGAAAUAAAAGGUGAAAAUAACCGGCUUAAAGAAAAAAUUCCCAAACUCGAAUCGGAUAUCAACAAGCUAAGAAAAGACUUAGAAGCUGCAUUAAACGACGCCAAAAAUAAAACAGUCGGCAUGUCAAAGCUCGAUGACGAAAUUAAAAAUCUAAAACAAAAAAUUGCUCAGUUGGAAAAAGAAAACGAUAAAUUAAGAAGAGACUUGGAGGCCAGUUUGAAGGAUAAAAAAGCGGAAACGGAGAGCAUAAAUAAGCAGCGAGAUGAGAAUAAAAAUCAAAAACAGAAAGUUAUGGAUCUCGAAAUAGAAAUUGAGCAAUUAAGAAAAGAAAUGUUUACCAUAAAGGCUCUGCCACAGGCGAAACCGAUUGACGAUGUAAAGUCCAAGCAACAGUUGGAAAAAAUAGAAAAGUUAGAGAAUGAUAACAACAAGUUAAAGAAAGAUCUCGAUUCCGCGCUAAAAGAGGCCCAAAAGAUUCCCAAACUUCAAGAGGAAAACGCAAAACUCAAGCAAGAAAUCGCUAAAUUGCAAGCGGAAAUUGACAAAUUAAGAAACAAUUUAAGCGCUGCCGAAAACGAGAAGAACAAGAAAGCGGGCGAUUUGUUCAAAGCCAAAGACAACGAGGCAGCCUUAAAACAGAAAAUUGCCCAACUUGAAGCGGAAUUGGCCAAGAAGAAAAAGGAGUUGGACGAUGCCAAGUCUUCUGAUAAAGCGCUGAACGAUCUAAGGGGCGAAAACAAAAAUUUGAAAGAUAAAAUUAACGACUUACAAAACGAAAUUGCGAAAUUAAAGAAACAACUGGCUGCUGCAGAAGAAAAAGCGGGUUCGGCAGGGCCCACGGAUGACACCAAGCCUUUAAAAGACGAAAUCGCGACACUAAAACAAAAAAUCGCCAACCUGGAGGGCGAAAACGCCAAGUUGAAACAGAAACUUGACGAUGCUAAGAAGGACGCAAUGACCGCUGAGGUGGCGGCGAAACAAACUAUCGAAAAGCUACAGGCACAACUUGCCGACAUGAAAAACAAACUACAAGAGGCGGAAAAGCGUAACCGAAAUCUUUCCGAAGAAAAUGCGAAGCUAAAAAAGAAAAUCGAAAGUUUGGAAAAGGAAAUUGCCGAUAUAAAGAAGGAACUGCAGGCCGCCAAAGACUGGUUAAAUAAAACUACGGAAGAUUUGAAUAAAAUGAAAGACGAAAAUGGUAAACUGAAAAGCGAAAACGAUAAACUUACAAACAAUCUGAAAAGCGCCAAGAAUGAACUGAACGAAGCUUUACGUGCCCAAGAAAAACUUGCCGACUACCAAAAAGAAAUCGACGGCUACAAGAAUCAAAUUAAGAACCUACAAGCGGAACUAGCAAAACAGAAGAAAGAAUGCCAAGAUCUCAUCGAGUCUUUGAAAAAACAGUUCGAAAGAGACAUUAAGAACCUAAAAAAGAAAAACGAAGACAACAUCAGUCAGCUGCAGAAAGCUCAGGGCGACUACGUUAAAGAUUUGAACGACAAGCACGAUAAGGAAGUAGCGGCGCUUAGGGAGGCCAUCGAGCAACUAAGGGCUGAGCUUCAGAAGGCACUGAGAGAGCGUGACAAUUCGAAAAGCCUGCUGGACGAGCAAAAGAGGAAAAGCCUCGACAUCAAGGAAAAGGUGUUCGAAGUGGAGAAAGUCAUCUCGAAGGAGCGACGACGCAGCAAAGAGUUCGAAAAGAGACAUAGCGAUUUGAAGGCUAUGUCGGCCGCAUUGGAGGAGGAGAUCGUUAAAGAGAGGAAGGCCUCCGAGCAAAUGGCAAAGGAAAACCAAGAACUGAGCCAGAAAUUGGAAGAAUUGAAAAAGCGAAAAGAUGUUGCGCCUUCUCAAGUCAAAGAGGCACCGAUAAAAACUGGUAAAGUAGCACCGGUAAGAGCAGCUAAAGAAGCACCGACGAAAACUGGUAAAGAUGCGCCAAUAAGGAAACAAAGUCUUUUAGAAGAGGUAAUGUCAAGUAGAAUAAUUGAAGAACUCAAUAUAGAAGAAAGGAGACCAAAACACGACAAACUAACGAUGGCCACGUUUGAGACGGUGUCGUUAGCGCCAGACGUUAUCCCUAUAACAGCUCCACUGUCCGACAGAGCGCUCAGGUUUUAUGGUAAACGACACUGCCCUUGUGGCGAUACCUUAGACGAACUCUUGAGGAAAGCUGCAAGGAAAGGAUUACCAUCGCUGUCUAUCGAAGAGCUUCAGUUAAUUCACAGACACUUAAGCGAAACUGCUGCUAAUAUGUUAGAGAGAUCAGGAAAAGCUAAAGGUGUCUUGGAACCGAACGAAGCUGGGGAUAGAUUGUCUUUGCUGAGAAGAAUUGCUGAACUGGAAGGGGACCUGAUGAUGAAACAGAGACAAACUCAGCAAAAAAUUGACGAAAUGCAAAACGCUGUAAAGCGCGAAAAGGACAAACUCAGUGAACUCAGACGAAAUUUGCAGAUGGAUAAAAGAAGCAAGUCUGUUACUGGUUCGGAUGGAUCGAGAAGAAAUCUCAACAAGGACUCUGAAAUGUUAGAAGAACUAAAGAAACAGCUUGAAAGUCGUCUCAAAGAUGAACUGGCAACCAAAAUGAAUCUGGAACGGCAACUGUCGCAACACGGCAAAUUGGGCCAGCCGCAACAAAGCAAAUAUCAUCCAGAGUCGCCGGUUAGGGAUGUGUGCCAUGAGAGAAUGAGCCCGAAUUCAUGUUCAUUACGAUCGUCGGGGAAAUUUUAAACAUAUCAUCUUGUCCAGAAUGUUUCAGGUCAAAAAGAAGUGCUCGUCUUAACAGAACAUCGUGAAACUAUGUUCUGCGUCGAAACUGUAACUUGUGUUUUAAAUAAAAAUAUACACUGAA